AAUGUUGUGUCUGAGGGGUUUCAUUGCUUUUAUCCUUGGUGCCUUUCUCCUUAUUGUCAAAUCCAGUCAUGGUUCUGAGAUUAUUGAUGGGAAAGAAGUGACGCCCCACUCGAUGCCUUUCAUGGCUCUCCUGGAGGCAGACAAGGAAGAAGGAUACUGUGGAGGAAUACUAAUUGAUCCAUUAUGGGUUCUGACUGCUGCACACAUCGGAAACCCUAAGACCGUGUCACUGGGGGUGCACUCCCGCAAGGCACAGGAGAAAGAAAAACGUUACAGGCAGGUCUGUAAGGUGGAAAAGAAUGUUUCUCAUCCUGACUUUAAUUCCAGUACAUAUGACCAUGACCUCAUGUUGGUGAAGCUGAACAAGGCAGUGAAGCGAACCCAAUGGGUGAGCAGCCUCAAGCUGAAUGAAGUUGUCAACGACCCACCAGCCGGUUCAGUCUGUACGGUGGCUGGAUGGGGAAAAACAGAGAUGGGUGUUUUAUCAGAUGUCUUGAUGGCGGUCAAUGUAACUGUGGUUGACAGGAUUAAAUGCAACUCCAAGGAUUAUUACGACUCUGAUAAUUACAUAACUAAGAACAUGAUAUGUGCGGGGUCAGACGGUAAAAAUGUUGCUGACGCUUGUGAUAAAGAUUCAGGUGGGCCAAUAUUGUGCAAUGGAGCUCUAGUUGGAGUCACAAGCUUUGGCCCUGGGAAUAAAUGUGGAAAGAAAAGACAAGCCUGGAGUGUACGCUUUCCUUACAAGAGAUCAUCUUGAAUGGAUCAAGAAGACAAUGAAGACAUGAAAUUUUUUUAUAAACUUUCCUUUGAAUUCAGCCAUGUUAUUCUUUAGCUGCGUCUCUGAUACUCUGCUUCAAUUCAACCUGCAUUAUAUUAAUAAAAGAUGUACAUUUGUACAAUCAAUAAA